UUUGGGAGCACUCUAUAUAAGGCCUCACCGCCGCUAAGCCUCCGCCGAAGCUCUGCCCCCCGCCCAACCCGAGCUACAGUCUGCAGAGUUCAAGCCACCGUCUACGCAGCAGGCAUGGCACCCUACACCAUUGUGUACUUCCCAGUUCGAGGGCGCUGUGAGGCCAUGCGCAUGCUUCUGGCAGACCAAGGUCAGAGCUGGAAGGAGGAGGUGGUGAGCUUGGAGACUUGGAUGCAGAGCCAGCUCAAAGCUUCCUGUCUGUAUGGGCAGCUCCCCAAGUUCCAGGAUGGAGACCUCACUCUGUACCAGUCUAAUGCCAUCCUGCGCCACCUGGGCCGCACCUUGGGGCUCUAUGGGAAGGACCAGCGGGAAGCAGCCCUGGUGGAUAUGGUCAAUGACGGCGUGGAGGAUCUCCGAUGCAAAUAUCUUACCCUCAUCUACACCAACUAUGAGGCGGGUAAGAGUGACUAUGUGAAGGCCCUGCCUGGGCAUCUGAAACCUUUUGAAACUCUGCUGUCCCAGAACCAGGGGGGCAAGGCUUUCAUCGUGGGUGGCCAGAUCUCCUUUGCCGACUACAACCUGCUGGACUUGCUGCUGAUCCACCAGGUGCUGGCCCCCAGCUGCCUGGAUGAAUUCCCCCUGCUCUCAGCCUACGUGGCACGCCUCAGUGCCCGGCCCAAGAUCAAGGCAUUCCUGGCCUCCCCAGACCACGUGAACCGGAUCAUCAACGGCAAUGGCAAACAGUGAAGUCUCAUGGGGCCCUUGGAAGAGCCAGGGCUGCUCAACUUCCUUCUCCCAGCACCAAUAAAUUUUCUAAGA